UACUCAUGCAUGCGCGCGUGUAUGUAUGUACAUACAUGCAUUCAUGCAAGUGUAAAACUAAUGACUUGAAGUUAGAUAUGUUCUACAUGUUUUUUUUUGCACCAAGUGGAAAGCAUUAACCUAUUGUUGUUUAAUAAGUUACCAAAUGUGUUUAUUAAAUGCUUUAAACGAUAUAUACAUAUACAUAUUCAUAUAACGUAAUUUUAAUAUGACUAUUCGUUCAGUUACACUAGAACAAGACGUUGAAGACCCAGUUGAAAGAAUGUUAGACAGAACCGGCUGUAAAGAACUUCAUUAUCAAGUUCAAGAAUGUAUAGCAGAAACUCAAGACUGGAGAAAAUGUCAGGAACAAGUAAAAAAAUUUAAAGUAUGUAUGGAUGAAUAUCAAAGAAAACGAGAAAAAUCAUAUAUAUCUCAAUAAAUAUGUCGGUGAUAAUUAAUUAUAUAAAACGCAUGUUGAUUUAUCCUUUAAAUUAUUCUACAAAUGAACAAUUUAAAAUGGUACUUGUUGUAAGAUCAGAUAUAAGUAUGGGAAAAGGGAAAACUGCAGCUCAGUGUGCACAUGCUGCAAUAGAGUGUUAUCGUCAAGCAUUAAAUAGUAGAAACCAUCAACAGAUAUUUCGGUCUUGGUUAUCGCAAGGUCAACCUAAAAUUGUUUUAAGGAUAUCUAAUGAACAAGAAUUAAUGUUGCUAGCUCGUAGCGCACGUAAAACUGGUCUUAUUAUUUCUAUAAUAAAAGAUGCAGGUAAAACGCAAUUAAUACCUGGCACAAUUUCUACACUUGGAAUUGGGCCAGGUCCAAAACAAGCUAUAGAUGACCUUACCUCAAAUUUAAAAUUGUUGUAAGUUUUGAUACCACAGUUUUUUUAUCUAAUAGCGAAAUAUAUUUUAUAUUUUAAAUGUUCAAGAAAUUAAUUAAUCUAUGGUAUCUGAAUAAAUGAAUAAUUUAUUAGAAAUAUCACUUUGUUUUCAUCGAUGCUUUAUUGUUUUAUUAAAUUUUUCUUUAUUUUUACUAGUACCAUACAUGUAAUACCAACAAAAUAUUAUCUUUUUAAUUUCAUGUGUUAACGAAAAUAUACAUGUAUAGGUAUAUUACUUUAGAUUAAAAAACGUUAUGAUAUUUUUUCUUUUGCAAUAGAUUGUUUUUUUAAAAACAAAACAUUCAUAAAUUCAACCAUUCUUUUACAAUAAUCAUUUUUAUUUUUAUUUUUAUUUUUAUUAUUUUCGGUACGAUUUCUUAUGAGUAAAUUUUAAAAAUACAUCUUUACUACUUUUUAUUAUAAUCAGACAUACUUUCUAUACACAUUAAUAUCAGAGAAACGCUGUAUCAAAAUUGCAAUAUAUGUUCGUACAGCUUAUAACGUCUACAAAGUACCAAACAAGUGUUUUGUUACUGUAAUAUUUAAUUUAUCAUAAAUGUUGAGCAAAGAUUUUUUAGAAAAUGUUUAUAAACACAUAAAUUUGACACAAAGUAUCGCUAUCCGACAUAAAUCAAAUAUUAAUAUAUUAGUAUACGAGUUAAUUUAUUAGAAGAAAAAAGAAAAAAAAGGUAAAAGACAAUUUUUAGACUAAAUCGAUUUCAAUUCAAUAAUUUCUGUUAUGAAAAUACAUAUAAAAUUUAUAUUUAUAUCUGACCCUUUGUUAUUAUAAUACUGAAAAAAUCAUGAAAGUCGAACAAAUAUUUGUUAUAACAGUUUUGUGUAUAGUAUAUUAAAACAUGAUUUGAUUUACAUAUUACAAUUAUGCAUGCUUCUAUACAAACAUAUUUUAUUAAAAUCAGCACAAAAUGGUUACCGAAUUUAUUUUCAUUUUCAUGCUUUGUCAAAUUUGCAUUGGAACAGUUCCCUUUUAGAGGAAAUGUUAUGUAAUUACAAACUACAGAAUGAGGGAUAUCAUAAAAAUGCAUACAAUACAGUACAAGAUUAAAAGAUUCUUAAAUACAAUUUUACGAUUAAGUUACUCGCUUUUUCGCACGUAAUCAACAGUGAAGGAAAUGGUGUUAAGGGUUAAAUCAAUUGUUGAUGCUGUGUGCAUAUGAUUUAAGAGUAUGACAUGAGUAAACUAAAAUCAAAAACUUACAUUACAGUAAUAAUACUGUAAAUAUAUAUGUUGUAGAAAAUCCCUUACACGCCGAGUACCUAACAGCUGAUUAUCAUUAUUAUGUACAAUAGGAUAAAAGUUAUAUAUUCAUUAACAGUAUCUCUUUAAAUCUAAACAAUUUGUACAACAAAAUCAUAUAUUUAUUUUCUCUCUAAAUUAAAAAACAAUUAUUCAAUGAUACUCAUAUCAUACUCACCCAUUUUAUUUCUUUCUCAGUUAAUUAUUGACUUCCUAUCACAUAUGUAAAUUUGAUUAUUAAUAUUUCUAAUUACAGAGUGCGCAGAAUAUAUCAGUCUCAAGUAGUAUAUAAUAGAGUAUUAUUAACCCUAAAAUUUUAUAGUUUUGCAAACAUAGCACAAGUCAAAUAUCAAUUUCACUCUUCGUAUGUAUAAUCUUUUGCCUUUCGUAUUUUAACAUAGUAUUAAGUGAUUAUUUUUGUAAGUUCCGGAGGUUCUACGUAAUUAUUUAAUACAUGUGGUGCUUCGUUAAAUUCAUCAAGUUCAUCUCCGUUAUCUGCUCCUUGUGCAAGUAAAAAGUAUUGUUCACUUCGUGUUGGCCAAAGUAAAUGUGCCAUCACACAGUAUGCAAAACAAUCAGCAGAGUAUGUAAUGCCUAUAAAGAUAAUACACAUACGAGAAUGAUAAA